GCGCAGUGUGACAGUGCUGUCGGGAUGGCGAGUGGGGAGAAGCUUGUCUUUGUGGUGGACGUGUCAUCGGAGAUGGCUGCCAGCCCCUUCAACGACAAAAAGGGCAAAUCUCGGCUGGACCAUGUCAAAUCGGCCAUCAAGAAGCUGGUGGAGUUCAAAUCCCUCAUCUCUCCGCGUCACACAUACGGCCUGGCCCUCCUCACUUCGGAGAUGGUUUGGCUCUUUCAGCCAGGUGACAAGAUGACGUUCCUGGAUAUGCUGGGCCACGUGGACGUGCAAGGCACCUUCAGCGAAUGCCAACUGGAUUCACUGGUUGCCAACUUGGAGCCACUGUUGUCGCAAACGUCCUCGGGUCUCCACACAGUGCGUGCGAUCCUCAUUUAUGGUCGCUCGCGCGUUCUGCCCACAUGGACCGACGCCAACCGCCUGCUCUCCGAUGGGCGAUUUGUGUUGGAUGUGCUGUACUUGUUCGACCGAGAGGCCAUGAUGGGAGACGCGUCAUCACUGGCAUCGGGCAGUGCACACCAUCGACCUGACGCUGCUGACGGCGAGGCGGCGGGCGUGUUUGAUGCUCUGGUCCGGCUCGUCGCGCCAUCGCAGCGGUCUUACCUCUUCUCCGUUUCAACGUCCGUCCUUCGUUUGUAUCAGAGCAUGGCAUCGCUUGCGGCCCACCCACUUCAGCGGCCGCCCGUGGACCACAUUUCCUACAGCCUAUCUGGAUCACCUGAAGCAACCAGUCACAGCGGUGACGAUGGUGGUGACUCGGAUCUGGUUGUUGUUGAUGGUGAUUCCUCGUGAGUGUAUGACCCCCCCCCCGCCCCGGGUUCCUCCUCCCUUUGUUUGUGUGUUGUCGUUUUUGUUUUGUGUAAGCAACCGUACCAUAAUCGCCUGUUGUUGAUAACUGAUGAUACUCUUCUGCUCGUGGGCGAAGGGCUUGUGUGCUCUUGGCAGCUUGCUUGCUUGCUGACUUGUGGCGUUUGCUUGCGAUUGGGACUUGGGGUGGCUUGGUUAUUUCUGAUUCUGUUAUUGGUGCGGUUGGUGGCAAACAAGUCCUGUCAGUCAGUCGCAGCACAGCGUACACACAAGUGUCACA